AUGACAUGUGUCGCCGAAAGUUUCGUUCAGAGACACUUUGACAGGCAGUGUUUCGAGGACGCGGGCGUUUUUGUCGAGAAGCUGAUCGACAAUAGCCUCAAGGUUGCGCUCAACGGCGUGAGAAAGAACAGUUCGGGGAUUAGACGUGGGAUUAACCUCUUUCCUGAGAAGGGCCAACACGAAAGAGGCAUGCCCGAAGAAACAGGCUUCGAUCAGCAAUUUCCCUCCUCGAACUUCUCCAAAAUCGUCGUCUUGGACAGCAUUCAACAGGACCUCAAAUAA